UCUCUGUACCUCAAACUUGUGUGCAAUAUAAGAUUCAUGCCACCAGCUUAGCCUGGGAACUCUUGGAAAGGACAGAGGUGAUGGAUGUGAAAGUCCUGAGUGCUUGAAGGUGACAGAGAGGGGAAAGCUGGUCAGCAUCACGUCUUAGAACAUGUGAGGGAGGAUGGAAAAGCCAGUUGCUCUCUGGGCCAUGCCUAGAGAGGGCAUGGGGAAGGUCCCAGGACAGCUGUGGGCAUGCUCUUAUCUCCCUUUUAGGGAAUGGAGCAAAUAUUUAGAGCUUACAAUUCAGCACAGGCCUCCCUUGUACUGGGAAUGCCCUCCAGCUACACAUCCGGGCCUAGUCUCUUGCUGGCCUAAGAUUUGCUGUGGAUCUAGGAUGUGCCCUACCACUUUUCUGAGCCCCGGCUCUGUAGAAGAAAUAUGCCCACAGUGCCUCCUCUGUGGAAUUGUCAAGAGGACUCAGCGAGAAGAUAAUGCACAAGACCACAAAGUGUGCAGGCAGGAUAAGGGACACUAUCCCUUCAUCGACACUCCUGCUGGUCUGUACCUUUAGCCCUCCAACCUUCGAUAAUUUGGAACUCCCCCAGCCACCCAUGAACCACUCCUGUAUUGGCUGGAACCAGACUGUAUUCUAGAAUCUUGUCCCCUCCAAUGUUCUCAUGGUUCUAGCAUCCCACCACUAUUCUAGACUAUACGCUCUAGAAGUAGAGGGGUCAGUUGCUUCUCCUAAAUAGUCUUGGCUUAGUCAAGUUCCACUGGCUCACUUGAGUCUAUGCUCUUGCCAGGAUGCGGUGGCGGGACCGACUGGCUGUGCUCUUCUUCCCCCAAGGCAUGGUUCUCAGUGCUGCCGCACUGAUGCUCUUCUUUAUACACCUUGGCGUCUUUGCCAGCGAUGUGCACAACUUCUGCGUCACCCACCACUAUGAUCGCAUGAGUUUCCACUACACUGUUGUCCUGAUGUUCUCCCAGGUGAUCAGCAUCUGCUGGGCUGCCAUGGGGUCACUCUAUGCUGAGAUGACAGAUGACAAGUUUUUUCGGUGCUUUGCCCUGACCAUCCUAAUGCUAAACGGAGCCAUGUUCUUCAACCGCCUGUCCCUUGAGUUUCUGGCCAUCCAGUACCGGGAGGAGAACCACUGAAGUCUGAGGACCAGGCUGACAAGGGGGAAGGAAAAGGAGGCUUCGGUGUUUUAAUAAAGUCUGUCGUUUAUUUCCA